AUGGCAAUAAUUUUGAUUGAAUACAUUUUUGGCCAUAAAAUUAUAAGACAAGAGAGGAAUGCAAUGAACAAAAUAUCUCCUCUAAGACGCGAUGGUGUGGUUCCCGAUAUCAUCGAUUUGGAGCCAAAGGAUAAGAUUACUAUCAAGUAUUCCUCUGGAGUUGAAGUUAACUUCGGCAAUGAGUUGACACCGACUCAAGUGAAGGAUCAGCCGGUGGUGGACUGGCCGGCAGACAACAACUCCUACUACACACUAUUGAUGACAGAUCCCGACGUUCCCAGUCGUACUGACCCUAACUUAAGUGAAGGCAAACAUUGGAUUGUCAUCAAUAUUCCCGGCGCUGAUGUCAGUAAAGGGCAGACAUUGGUUGAGUACAUGGGCUCCGGCCCAUUUAAGGGAACAGGAUUUCAUAGAUAUAUAUUCGUUGUAUACAAACAGACGGAUAUUAUUAAUACUAAUGAGAAGCAUUAUUUCGUAAUAUAUUAA